AUGCGGGAGUCGGCCUGUCCCAUCUCGGAAGAGGCGGAAUGCGGGAGGCAGUGCUGGGCAGGUCCAUUGAAGAGCCUGAUGGACAGGAAGGGAGAGGAGGCGAGCAGUGUGGUGAUGGAGGACGGCAGGGAGCAGCUGAUGUUCGAGAUUCCACUGAACGAGUCCGGAUCAGCUGGACUCGGGGUCAGUCUGAAGGGGAACAAGUCCAGGGAGACCGGAGAGGACUUGGGCAUCUUCAUCAAGUCCAUCAUCCACGGAGGAGCCGCUUACAAGGACGGCAGGUUGUGUGUGAACGACCAGAUGAUCGCAGUCAAUGGUGAAUAUUUAGUGGGACGAUCCAACCAUGCUGCCAUGGAAACGCUGAGGCGGUCCAUGUCUGCAGAGGGGACUGCCAGAGGAACCAUACAGCUGCUGGUACUCCGAGCCGGAAAACAGGUCUGA